AGGAGUCAAAGUUCUUUGUUAGCUUUUGACCCUUGUGAGCAGGGGCGGACUGACCAUUUAGAAACUUGGGCACUACCCGAGGGCCCAAGGUCAGUAGGGGGCCCCAUGAGAUUCCCCUGGUACCUUUUUCAUAGGCUUUUUUGAGGGCGGACUGACCAUUUGGAAACUCGGGCACUGCCCGAGGGCCCGGGGUCAGUAAGGGGCCCCAUGGGAUGCCCCUGGUACCUUUUUCAUAGGCUUUUUUGAGUUUGGGCAAGGACACAGGGGCCCCAUGAUCCCCUAUUGCCCGGGGGCCCCAUGA